AUGGAUGCCGGGCUUAUCCACAAGUCUCGCGAACCAGGCAUUACCCAUCACCUUAGCCCUAUUGCAGGCCUGCGUCCGGAUCAGGCGAAGAUGGAAAUAUUUUCGCUAUCAGUCGGCUUCGUCGGCCUCCUGCUCAUCUCUUUUGUUGUUGAGAGAGUCUUGAACAAGUUGAAGAAUGGCGGGCGACCCCCGCUACCCCCCGGCCCCAAAGGUUUGCCGAUUGUGGGCAACGUGAACGACUUGCCCAAAGCUGGCGAACUGGACUAUGUUCACUGGUUGAAGCACAAGGAGUUAUAUGGUCCCAUUAGUUCAAUCACAACCAUGGGUCAGACUGUUGUGAUUCUUAGCGAUCCACAACUUGCUUUCGAUCUCCUGGACAAGCGCUCACUAAAGCAUUCCUCAAGACCAUCACAGACCUUUAUUGGGGAAAUGGUCGGUCUGGAACACCUCACUGGCAUGGCCGUCUAUGACGAGCGGUUCCGCGCACAGCGUAAGGCCAUGGGCCGCAUUCUUGGCUCAAAGGUAGCCGCGGCGAAAUACAACGAUUGGCAAGAAGCUGAAGUCGGACAUCUCCUUCUGCAUCUGCUAGAUGACCCGCAAAACUUCGUAGAACACAUCAAGAAAGAAGCUGGCUCCCUCAUUGUCAAAAUUACGUAUGGCUACACGGCGGAACAGUUCAAGAAAGAUCCUUUCCUCGAGAUGAUUACCGAAACCAUGGACAACUUCUCGGCGGGUGCUACGCCAGGUGCCUUUUUAGUUGAUGUUUUCCCCUUCCUGCGAUAUCUACCCAGCUGGAUCCCCGGGACAGGUUUUAAACAACUCGCAAAGGAAUGGAGAGCUCAGAUGGAGCAGACGAGAGAUAAGCCGUAUGCUUUCGUCCAGCAUCAAAUAGCUCAAGGCAAGGACAACUCAUCCUAUCUGGCCAAUCUUCUUGACUCCCCUGCGCAAUCGUCCUUCGAACAACAUAACAACAAAUACUCGGCGCUGGCUGUUUUCGGAGGCGGUGCGGACACGACUGUAUCGACAGUCGCAUCCUUCUUCUUGGCGAUGAUGGUGUACCCCGAUAUCCAGAAGAAGGCUCAAGAGGAGAUUGACAGAGUUGUUGGUAGUGGAAGGCUGCCGACUAUCAAGGAUCGGGAGAAUCUUCCUUACAUCGAGGCCCUCGUAAAAGAAAUCAUGCGCUGGCACCCGAUUGGGCCUAUGGGCCUGCCCCAUUCUAGUACAGAGGACGACGUCUUCGAAGGGUAUUUCAUUCCGAAAGGAGCCAUGGUACUUUCCAAUAUUUGGUGGUUCACCCAUGACCCAGAAAGGUACCCUGACCCGAUGAACUUCAAACCCGAGCGCUUCCUGCACAACGACGGUCAUGAACCUGAGGCAGACCCUCACAAGUUCGUCUUCGGGUUCGGCCGCCGAAUCUGCCCAGGCCGCAUCCUCGCCGAUAACUCUAUCUUCCUCAACAUCGCUCAGUCACUUGCCGUGUAUGACUUCACCAAGCCUAUCGUCGACGGCAAGGUCAUUGAGCCGGCCAUCAAGUUUACCACUGGCGUCAUCAGCCACCCGCAGCCAUUUGAGAUCUCCAUCAAGCCUCGAUCCGCGGAGCACGAGAAGCUGAUUCGCUCUAUCGAGGAAACCUACCCGUGGGAGGAGAGUGAUUCGAAGACUCUGGGGAGGAUGGAGGUUUAGACGGAAUGGGAUUGCGUGCCUUUUAUUCCUUGAUCUCAAUCACGGUUUACUUUUUCGGCAUGUCGUUGGAAAGAAUGCCUCAAAAGUCAGGGGGACCGUACUUCCUAACUCAAAAGAUG